GAGAGGAAAACAUUCCGGUCGCCAUUCCUGAUCUCUCGCGAGCUUGCUUCUCUCUUGCGCCAUGGCCGCCGCUCCUUCGGCUCUCUUCUCCGCCGCCGUCAACUGCACCGCCGCCAACGCCGUCAAAACCAGGUCUCCCGGGAGCUCCCGACCGAAACCCACCUCGCAUCUCCUCCGUUUCCGGUGCCUCCAGCGGCGGAGCUCUCGGGUUCGCGCCGCCGUUUCGGUUUCGGGCCCUCGCCGCGGCGGCGGCGGCGUGGACACCGGCCGUCCCGACGAUCUCGUCGCCUCGAUCCUCUCCAAGGUGUUACAAUCCGAUGGUGGAGUUUCACUUGAAAAAGAAGAGCACAAACAGGUAGCUGAAGUUGCUCAGGAAUUGCACAAGUACUGUGUGAGCCAACCGGUGAAGUCGCCUCUUAUAUUUGGAGAAUGGGAAGUCGUCUACUGUUCAAAUCCAACAUCACCUGGCGGCGGCUACAGGAGUGCACUGGGUCGGGUUUUCUUCAGAACCAAGGAAAUGAUUCAGGCUCUUGAGGCUCCUGACACUGUGAGGAACAAGGUUUCCUUCUCUGCUUUAAACUUCAUCGACGGAGAGGUCUCAUUGAAAGGGAAAUUGAAGGCUCUUGAUGAUAGAUGGAUUCGAGUCAUAUUCGAGCCGCCUAAGCUGAAGGUGGGAGAAAUGGAGUUCCAGUAUGGCGGAGAGAGUGAAGUCAAAUUGCAAAUCACAUACAUAGACGAUUUCAUCAGGUUGGGCAAGGGAUCCCGAGGUUCGCUGUUUGUUUUCUGGCGGCGCCAAUGAAAUGUCGACUCUGCCGUGACAAGAUUCUCGAAUGUUUUGUUGCUCGAGCUCUUCGUCAAACGUCCGCAGCAAAACACUCGUGACCAUGACCCUAAACCGGUCUCCAAUGUGGACUCGCCUCGGCAUUUCUAGUUGGUAUUACAGGAAUACGUAGAUGCGCAUACAUGCUGCCUCUAGGAAUGGCGAAUGAGCCAGCUUCGCCGAUGUCGUUUCUUAUUAAGUAUGCCGAAAGUGUCGUUAUUUGUAACGAGUGUCAUUUCAUUCUCAACCAAUUCAAUUGGUAAGAUCAAUUCCCUAACAUUUUUUGUGACGUGAACCAACUCUUCUUCGAUCAUUCAAUCUUCCUGUGGCAACAUUCAUGCUAUGUUUGGAUAUGGGAAGGGAAGAGAAAAUGGAGAGACAAUUGCCAAAAAUUUCAAA